AUGAGACGAGAGCGCGCUAGGGUUUCAAACAGAAAAGGGGCUAAAAACUCGGUCAUUUUCAAGAUUGUAUUCAAAAUCUUUGUUCAAGAUUCACUAAGGCUAUUUCCAGAUGGGGACGUCUUCUGGAUCUCCCUUCAAUCACCACUCCUCAAUGCUUCCCCCACGUCAACAGCCACGGCCUGGAGGACUGCAGACGUUCGUGAAUCCCCAUCAGAAAGUGCUAGUUCACGAGAAACUUGGCCCAUUGCUGAUGCUUUGGUAGCAAAGAAACUGGAAAACGAGAGAGAAAGAGAGAAUGGUUUUGCCGAGCAUUCUGUUGUUCGGCGCAUGUCAAGCUCAGAUAAGAUGUCUUUGCGAGAUGUGGCCAGAGAAAGAGUGGAUAUUAUAGCAGAGAGAAUGCAAAAUCUUCCCGAUGAGUUUCUGGAUAAGUUUAAAAAUGAGCUCCGGUCAUUUCUUGAAGGAUUGGGUGGUUCUCAGCAAAGAGAAGAGUUUCUUUUUCUGCAGAAGUUAGUUCAAAGUAGGGGUGAUUUGACAGAUAAAACACUAAUACUGGCACACAGGGUUCAGUUAGAAAUUUUAGUUGCUAUCAAGACUGGAAUUCAGGCAUUUUUGCACCCUAGCGUCAGUCUCUCGCAAGCUUCUCUUAUUGACAUUUUCUUAUACAAGAGGUGCAGAAACAUAGCUUGUGGAAGCGCACUGCCAGCAGAGGACUGUACCUGUGAAAUGUGCUUAAAGAGAGAUGGUUUCUGUAACUUAUGCAUGUGUGUGGUCUGCCUCAAAUUUGAUUUUGAGGUGAACACAUGUCGAUGGAUUGGUUGUGAUCAGUGUUCUCAUUGGACUCACACAGAUUGUGCCAUCCGAAAUUGUCAGAUUGGUAUUGGCUCUUGUGUUAAGAAUGGAGCUAGCUCAGCAGAAAUGCUAUUCAGAUGUCGAGCUUGCAGUAGGACAUCUGAGUUGAUAGGUUGGGUGAAAGAUGUCUUCCAGCAUUGUGCACCAAGCUGGGAUAGGGAUUCUCUGAUUAGAGAACUUGACUAUGUACAUAGAAUUUUCCUGGGGAGUGAGGAUCCAAGAGGCAGGAAAUUGUCCAGGAAGUGCGUUGAACUCAUUGAAAACCUAAAAAGUGGGGUGGCAGAACCCGUGGCCUGUAAAGCAAUUUUAAUGCUCUUUCAAGAGCUUGAGGCUGACACCUUGAAGAAUCAAGAGAGUGAGGAAGGAGUUCGGAUGAUAUCUCCACAGGAAGCAUUCAACAAUAUAGCUGAUGUAGUACAGGAAGCUGUUAGAAAGAUGGAAAUUGUAGCAGAGGAGAAGAUGCGGAUGGUUAAAAAAGCCCGCUUGGCUGUAGACACUUGUGAGCAAGAGCUCAAGGAUAAAGCUAGGGAAGUUGCUGCAUUAAAGAUGGAAAGGCAGAGAAAGAAGAUACAAAUUGAUGAGCUUGAAAGUAUUGUUAGGCUUAAACAGGCUGAGGCUGAUAUGUUUGAGCUGAAGGCUAAUGAAGCUCGGCGAGAAGCUGAGAGGUUGCAAAGAAUUGCACUUGCCAAGACAGAGAAGUCAGAAGAGGAUUAUGCUAGCAGGUAUCUCAAACAGAGAUUGCACGAGGCCGAAGCUGAGAAGCAAUAUUUAUUUGAAAAGAUUAAGCUUCAGGAGAGUUCGAGGGCAUCACAGAGCAGUGCAGGAACAAGUGACCCUUCCCAGAUGGUGUACAGCGAAAUUCAAGACCUGCUCAAGAACAUGUACAAUGCUCCUUCGAAGGCAGAGGGCUAA